UGUACUGCAAAGUCCUGCUGCCCACCUUCAGGCCGUGCAGCCAUGUUCUGGGUGCCCUGACCCAACGGAAGUCCAUGGGGCACCCCAGACUGGCAGCCCUGCUCCUGCCUCUCCACCUGCUGCUCAUUGGCGUCUCCACCUCUGCUGGGAUUGGCUGUCCCUGUCUGCCCCACUGGACUACCUGCUGUCUGCUGGUCUCCUGCAUGGAUGACAGUUUCACUGAAAGAUCUGCCCAUAUUCCUUGCCAUACCCUGCCACAUACCUGGGGUGCUUGGCGCUGGUACUGCCCCAGCUGUUUGUGCCUGCACCUGGUGUCAACUCCUUCAGACCUUCAACGGAGCUGGUUCCACCACCUGGUGCAGAAAUUCAAAAAGUCUUACAUGUUCCAGUUCUGUAGGAGACACAAGAUGCCAGCAUCUGCUCAGAGGAAGCUGCUGAGUCGCUGUUGCCUGUCUGAGAAGGACCAUCGUAUCUCCGUCCCCUCCCCAGGCAUCUCCCAAAAUGGGCUGCGCUUCAAAAGGACCCAACCUUUAGAUCCAGAGGUGGCGAAAGUUCUCCCGAGACAGAACUCACAAAGGCAUAAAGGGCCUGAGUUCUCCUUUGACUUGCUGCCUGAGGCACGGGCUAUUCGAGUGAGCAUUCCCUCAGGCCCUGAGGUCAGCGUGCGUCUUUGUCACCAGUGGGCACUCGAGUGCGAAGAGCUGAGCAGUCCCUUUGAUGUCCAGAAAACUGUGUCUAAGGGCCACACUGUAGACCUGCCUUAUGAAUUCCUUCUGCCCUGUCUGUGCAUAGAGGCAUCCUACCUGCAAGAGGAUACAGUGAGGCGCAAAAAAUGUCCCUUCCAGAGCUGGCCUGAAGCCUAUGGCUCGGACUUUUGGAAGUCAGUGAACUUCACUGACUACAGCCAGCACAGUCAGAUGGUCAUGGCCCCAACACUCCGCUGCCCAGUGAAGCUGGAAGCCUCCCUCUGCCAGAGGCAGGGCGGGAACGCCCUCUGCGAAGACCUCCCCAAUGCCACAGCUCGGGAGUCAGAGGGGUGGUAUGUUUUGGAGAAGGUGGACUUGCACCCCCAGUUCUGUUUCAAGUUCUCUUGUGGAAACAGCAGCCACAUUGAAUGUCCCCAUCGGACUGCAGCCCCAUCCUGGAACGUGAGCAUGGGCACCCAGGCCCAGCAGCUGAUCCUUCACUUCUCCACAAGGAUGCAUGCCACCUUCAGUGCUGCCUGGAGCCACCCAGACAUGGGGCAGGACAGCCUGCUGCCCCCUGUGUACAGCAUCAGCCAGACUCAGGGCUCAAGUCCAGUGACACUAGAGCUCAUCAUUCCCUUCCUGAGGCCAGGGGCCUGUGUUCUGGUGUGGAGGUCAGAUGUCCAGUUUGCCUGGAAGCACCUCUUGUGUCCAGAUGUCUCUAAUAGACACCUGGGACUAUUGAUCCUGGCACUGCUGGCCCUCACCACUCUACUGGGAGUUGUUUUAGUUCUCAUCCUCCGGCGCCCAUUGUCAGGCCCCGGCCAACCGCAUCCCGUGCUGCUUCUGCACGUGGCGGACUCAGAGGCGCAGCGGCGCCUGGUGGGAGCGCUGGCUGAACUGCUGCGGGCCACGUUGGGCGGCGGGCGCGACGUGAUCGUGGACCUGUGGGAGGGGACACGCGUGGCGCGUGUGGGCCCGCUGCCGUGGCUGUGGGCGGCGCGGGCGCAGGUGGUGCGGGAGCGGGGCACCGUGCUGCUGCUGUGGAGCAGCGCGGGUUCCAGCCCUGCCUGCGGCCCGGACACCCGCACCGCGCCCCUGCGCGCCCUGCUCCGCGCCGCCCCGCGCCCGCUCCUGCUGCUCGCUUACUUCAGUCGCCUCUGCGCCAAGGGCGACAUCCCCCCGCCACUGCGCGCCCUGCCGCGCUACCGCCUGCUCCGCGACCUGCCUCGCCUGCUGCGGGCGCUGGACGCCAGCCCUGCCACCCAUGCCACUGGCUGGGGCCGCCUGGGUGCUCGGUCGUGCCUGCGGAAUCGCCUGGAACUGUGUCGCCGGCUGGAACGCGAGGCAGCCCAACUUGCCCACCGAGGCUGAGUAGAGCUCCCCAGCAAUCCAGAUGUCCUGGCCACCGGCGUAGGGGCACUGGCUGGCACCCAGAAAGCGGCUUCUACCCUGGAAUUCUCAGGGUGCCUCCCAAGGACUACUCCCCAAAGCCUUAUUCCCUGCCUGCCAGCCCAGGAGCAGAGCACCGGCCUCAUCCUAGCCCUUGCACACUUUCCUCAGGCUUCCUCCUGAAGCUUCCCUGCCUCUCAGGACCCCCAGGGAGAGAGUCUCUCUUUCCGGGGGGCUCCUCUGACUCUAGUCCUGAUGUGGGAGGGGGACAUUCCCACUUCCUCUCUCCAAAAUUCCAGAAAGCAGUCUGCACAUGCUCCAGUGAAGGCUGGAGAGGUUGAGGCAGGGGUGGGGGAGGCAGGAGCUAUGGCCUUUCUGAAGGGGGUUGACUCUAGAGAAGUAGGAGAAACCCCUUGGGGGUGAGGGAUCCUUCUUUCCCACACCCAGGCCUUGCUCAGGUGGAAAGGGAGGGAGGACUGGACCCAGGGAAAAAGGCUUUGGCCCUGGGUGGCCAGGGCAAAGGUGGGGCAGUGGACACCAAGAUGGAGAAAGAUGAAUAAAGGCAAACAUGAUGGAUAAAC